AUAAUCGGACUGAUAAAAAUGUAUUCUGAAACAAUCAGAGAGAUAUAUGAAGACAGCCUGUUGGUGAUACGUGCCGAAAAUCGACAACCCCUCGAACCUAUUUAAAUACAGCAAAUCUGCCGAGGAGAUAUUAAUUCCAUAUGGAUGGUGAAUAUGAAAAGAGAAAUGUACAUAUAAGCAUGUGUAUGUAUAAUACAAGAAUGGAGUCCAUGCAUAGAGAGGACAUGACGUCAUCACAGUGCGCUGCGCUCUGGACGAGGCGGUGGCGGACACCUCUUCAAACAACACUGUCAUUUAGUUGGCAUCAGAUUAACUUGGGAUGCCUAAGAAGUUCCAGGGUGAGAACUCCAAGGCUGUCACGGCCAAAGCUCGCAAGGCUGAGGCUCAAGCCGUGGCAGACGCCCGCAAAAAGAAGGAACAAGAGGAUGCUUUGUGGACGGAAAAUGACAAACAUGUCCUGAAAAAAGAAGCGCGGAAGGAUGACAAGGAGAAGCGGAGGUUGGAGGCCCUGGAGAGGAAGAAGGAGAACCAGCGCCUCCUGGACGAGGAGGCCUCCAUGCUGAAGGGCCGGGCCACCAAGGAGGCCGCGGCCGCGGCGGCAGCGGCUGCAGCCGGGGGCAAGGUGACCCGCGCCCAGAUAGAGGAGACCCUACGGGCUGAGGAGCAGCAGCCGGGCGCGCCUCGACCCAAAGAAAAGAGCCACCUUGAGACCCCAUUGGAGGAGAACGUGAACCGGAUCGAGCCUGAGGAGGGCAGUGUCACUGCCCGGACGAUAGAAGACGCUAUUUCCGUGCUCAGUACGGGACCAGAGGAGGUGGACCGCCACCCGGAGCGGAGGAUGAAGGCGGCCUUCGCCGCGUUCGAGGAGGCCCACAUGCCCCGCCUCAAGAUGGAGAACCCCAACAUGAGAUUGUCCCAGCUGAAGCAGAUGCUGAAGAAAGAGUGGACCAAGUCGCCGGAGAACCCGCUGAACCAGCGCUUGGCGGCCAUCUCCAACUGAAGGCCUCCCGGCACUCACUCUACACUCGCUCUAACCUCGUUCACAAGCCCAACCAAGCUCAAAUUCUCACUAUUUUGGAACAAAUGGUUCUUAGGGUCGAUGGCGAGAGUUGCUGAUGAAAGCCGUUACCGCGCACUUAGACGGACUCACUCCAAUGCCCCGAGGACUUUGAAGAAGGCUUUUAAUUCUACGCAGCUUUUGCGAGCUAGCUAACAUCGGCUUAGUUUUUUUCUACUCAUUAUUGCCCUUAAUGACAUUUAAGUUUACGUACCCCACCUCCUGAAGAGGAUUCUCUGCAUCUUAUGAGUUUGAUUACGUUGGGCUCAACGAAAGUUGAGACGUCAAGCCUUGUUUACGAUAUUUUGAGAUGACAGUAAUUAAUUCAAGGGUGCUACUCCAUGACCGUAUCAACCAUCUCAUUUAAAGAUUUACAAUGUUUUUGCUUUUGAGUGCUCGACUCUCGGAUCGGUCUGAGCAGGGCUGGACAAUAAUGUGAAUAAAGUCAGGCAUUGAUUCACAGCAA